ACAGUUGCGCAUGCGCCUUCGCAGGGAGGCACUCCAAAGCACCCCCAGCUGCAGUCCUGCUGGGGAGUCUGAGUGAAAUGAGUAGUGGGGCUCCCGGGACCGUAAGCGGCAGUAAAAUUGCGGAGUCGCCUGCUUCUGGAAGCGGUAAUAAAAGGAGCGAUUCACUGGGGUCCGCAUCCUCCUGCCCUAUUUUUAAAGAUGUUGGCGAAAUAUAUUCCCGACUUUUGGAUCACAGACCAGUUAUUCAAGGAGAAGUUCGUUAUUUCAUCAAAGAAUUUGAAGAAAAAAGGGGUCUCCGAGAAAUGCGGGUUCUUGAAAAAUUAAAGAACACGACCUUUGAGGCAAAUGACAAGAUUUUGCCAAAGUGUGAAGAAGUAAUGCAUGGAAAUCUGAAUGAAGUAUUAAGGAGGUUGCAGGUAGCCAACCAGACGUUCAACGCAUUCCAGCAGAGAGAACAGGAAGAAAGACAGCUUCAGACUGAGAAACUAACUGCUGGCGAAGCCCAACGUAUGGCUCUCUGGGACGAAUUCGCAAAGGAGCAGUGCCAUCUAAAAGCAAUGGUGAAUGAAGAGCACACAAAAGCUAUGGAGCGUCUUAAAGAACAAUAUGCUGCAAUGGAGAAGGACCUCACAAAACCGGCUCUCUAAGAAACUCUCUUCUGUCAUUUUCACGCAGUUUUCAAAUUUCCAGAUUUCCAAUGCAGUAUUAGAAUUUAGCAAGUCUCUAAACAAAAAGAGCUAAGUUGCAGCUGAAAUUGGUUCCUUGCACUGAAUAAUUGUUUCGUUUUCAUUUAAACGUGCACACACACACACACACACGCACAAGGUUUGUGCAGCAGCAGUAACAGUAUUAUACCUCAACAAACCAGAUUAGUGCCCAAUUAAAAUCUAUUUCCAAAAUGAAUAAUUACAUACUUUUUGUUUGGGUCCUUUCAAUGAACUUUCCUGUUACUUUCCCAAAGAACUAGCUUCUGUUGAAGGCAAGGAGGGGCUGUAAUUACGUGCAGACACGUAGAGCAAUAUUAACUGCAAAAGGCCACAUAACUUGGGAGUAUAAUAGUCUGAAGUUUAUGAAUGAAUUCUUUAUGUUAGUGAGGUUAUCAGGAUAACUUCAAAAAAACUUGAGAAAGAAGUGCUUAUUGUACUGAAUUUGUUCUGACUAGAGAGAAUGGGAGGGUAUUAGGUUGGCUGUCUUUGUAGUAUGUGUUUGUCCUGUUGGUUUUUCUGUGUGUCAUAGAAAAAAUACUCUCAUAUGCUGAAUGGCCUAAAGUCUCUGGAAUAGGGCUGUGCAGCAGUGUGGAUUCAAAGGCAAAAUGCAUGGAUGCGCCCGUAAUACGUUCAGGAUCAUCUCAAACUAGAUUCAUCUUUCUCAGGAUCAUUCCACAGUUGCAGAGGACAGUCACAUGAGCCUAGGAAAGAUCACUGCUGCUUUAAGAUGUUCCUCACAGAUGCUACUUGUGGGUCCAAAUGCACUCUGAGGCCUGGGUUGGCUUUGAAUCCUACAGAGCCCUACUCUGGAAAUGUUUAACAUUAUAGGGGGAUGAGAUCUUUUUGUGAGUACUGCAAAUGAACAGGUCUUACAGAUUAAAUUCUGUUUUACAAAUAAAUGGUAUUCUGGAGCAUAAUUAACUCUUGUGAGUGAACUCCAUGAUUUAAUCUGUAUCAAAUAUUUGCACACUGUAGGCAAAGUUCAUGAUUUAGUUCUUUGUCAUUUAACUUGUAAAAAAAAAAAAAGCAAUAAGAGGAUGAAAGUUGAAGCACGUUAGGCAAUGGGCAGGGAAAUCAAGUGUUAUUUUAACAAGCAGUGUGUAAAAUAGAAAUAUGUAAAACAAAAUUGCCCAUUAUCUGUGUUGCGGUUGCAAUAAACCAACAAUAGGUUGCCUGUAUGAAUGUAUGGCUUAGUGUCAAGACUCCAUCCUGACAGUCUGUUGACAAUGUGAUUAAAGUGCACAGAGGAGA